UUCUUCUUCUUCUUUUUCAUUCAUUCAUAUUAAGAAUAAUAAGAAGUUUCUUGAGGAGGGAGAAUCAGCAGAUCUCAGCAACAUGAAUCAACUGGCUGUUGUUCAUCGUCAUCACCACCAAGAUCAUCAAUGGUUUCGGUUUGGCAGGGAAAACAAUUUCAUGGAUCCCCAGGAUGGUCCUCAGCCAUGGAUGGGGAGCAUGGAUGAUCCCACACCAUCAUCAUCACCCAUACUGUGUUCUCUGGACACCAAAGAUGAUGCAUCAUCAUCUUCUUCACCAACUUCAUGUUCAUCAUCCAAUGGACCACCCUCCUUGUUUGACAUGUCAUCUCUCAAGAACCAAUUGCCCACCAGAAAGGGGCUGUCCAGAUUUUACAAUGGUAAAUCAGAAUCUUUCACUUCACUGUCAGAGGUGACAAGCAUACAAGACCUACCAAAGAAGGAAACACCAUACACAAGAAGAAAGAAGGGUUGCAAGAGUUUAAGGGCUGGUUUGGAUGCUUUCAAAUCACACACUUCUCCUACACCAAUCAUCACUAAGAAGGCUUCACCAUCAUCACCAUCUUCUUCUUCUUCUCAAAGUACAAGAGCAAAAGCAAGCUUCAUUAGCAGCAGCAGGAAUAGCAAGCCCCCUCUGGUUCCUGUGAAGGAAAACCACCCAUGAUGCGUGUGUGUCGAAGUCUUUCUGGGGA